GGAUAAAAUAGGGAACAGGAAGGCUGCACAUCCUCUUAAACCCCCACCCCCGGAACCAUGCUAAAGCCAUGAACCCAGAGACAAAAGAACAAACCACCAAUGCAAGGAUCCAGCAGCAGGAGAGUCCGGCCACCGUCCAGCACACGGGGAAGUGGGAGCAGUCCCCAAGAUUUGGCUGAGCUUCGGCAGAGGGGUAUGGAGGUGUGCAAAUUCACCCAACGAUUUUGGUCGCGGGCGGAGAAGUUUAAUCUCCCUGAUUUGGUCCUCAGGGACAUAUUUAACCUAUGUCUUGAUGAACUCCUGCCGCAAUGGGAGAUGGAGUUUGUGGGAGAUCUAAGUUUCUGGAAUUUCUCUAAGUACCUGCAUCUGCAUAAGAUUGGACAGGUUCGAUUACCUCCAGCACCCCCUCCAGUCCAUCAAUCCGCUCAAGUCUGGGAAUCCUCUCCAGCCCGUGAGCCCGCACCAGCCAGCAAGUCCGCUCCAAAGCCAGCUCCAGCCCGUGAGUCCGCUCCAGAGGCCUCAGAGGAGGUGGGCACUGAGUCUCCGCUUCCACAUCUAAAAAGAGGAAGAGGAGGAGGAAGGCUUCCAUCCCUCAAGACCCGGAGGCCUCCCCAGAGCCCGCUCCAGCCAGUGAGCCCGCUCCAGCCAGUGAGCCCGCUCCAGAGCAGCCUGCUGUCCUGGUUAGUCCUGUCUUGGCCCAGAGGGCUGUGUUCACCUUUUAUGUUUUGGCUGUUCUGCGCACGUGGAGGAUGAACUCAAGCUCUAUGGACUUUGGAGCAGUCUGCCAGCCCAAGGCCGCUGUCGCCCCAGAGCAGCCGGAGCAGCCUGCUGUCGCCCCAGAGCAGCCGGAGCAGCCUGCUGUCGCCCCAGAGCAGCCGGAGCAGCCUGCUGUCGCCCCAGAGCAGCCGGAGCAGCCUGCUGUCGCCCCAGAGCAGCCGGAGCAGCCUGCUGUCGCCCCAGAGCAGCCGGAGCAGCCUGCUGUCGCCCCAGAGCAGCCGGAGCAGCCUGCUGUCGCCCCAGAGCAGCCGGAGCAGCCUGCUGUCGCCCCAGAGCAGCCGGAGCAGCCUGCUGUCGCCCCAGAGCAGCCGGAGCAGCCUGCUGUCGCCCCAGAGCAGCCGGAGCAGCCUGCUGUCGCCCCAGAGCAGCCGGAGCAGCCUGCUGUCGCCCCAGAGCAGCCGGAGCAGCCCGCUCUCCCUGAUACGGCCACGGAGGCCGUCACCAAGCUGCCCGCUCUCCUUGAUACGACCACGGAGUACCCUUGGCCAGCCCUGCCGCCUGCCCUGCCGCCGCCGCCGCCCAGGCCGCCUGCCCUGCCGCCGUCGUCCAGGCUUUCUGCCCUGCUGCCACUGCCCCGGCCGUCUGAACCGCUGGAACCCGCCUGGUCAGUUCCUCCAGCGCCACCCUGGCAACCAGCCAGGACUCCAGACCCCAGGGAACCCGCCUUGUCAGUUCCUCCAGCGCCGCCCUGGCAUUCAGCCAGGACCCCGACCUUCUUAGAGCCCCCGUGGUCUGUUCCUCCGGCUCCCCCCUGGCCUUCGGUUGGGGGCUCUGGUCCUGGCCCGCCGUCCCUCCCCCUGGUCCUCCUCCAGUCCACCUCCCUCCUGAGAGUUGUGGGGGUUUUUUUUUCUUUUUUUUUUUCUCAUGGAGCGUCUGGUAGCCGCUCCGUAAGGAGGGGGUACUGUCAUGAUCAUGAGUUGGAGUGCCCCGUUUAGCCACCAGAGGGCACUCCAACAUGGACUUUUGUCACUGUCUGAACUGCAUUUCCCAUAAUUCACUCCUGGACUCAUUAUCCUUGUUCAUUGCACUCAGCUGUUUUGUGUUUGUUCAUUAGUGUCUGUCUAUUUAGUCUCAGUUGUUUCUGUCCUCAGUUGUGGUUUGUUGUAAUUGUUACGUGCACUUUCGUUACCUCUAAACCUUCGUCCUCAGUUAGGAACCUGGGUGUGCUCUUUGAUACCAAUCUUUCAUUUGAAAGUCAUGUUUCUAGUAUCUGUAAAACCGCCUUCUUCCAUCUAAAAAAUAUAUCUAAAU